GAAAGGGGAAUCCCGGCUGAGGUAGUAAAAAGCCCCUAAUCUCUGACUCUUGAGCCCUUCACCAGGAGGAAAGCACCAUUUCCUGAGCUGCUUCACCUUUCUUACACCCCGACUGGCUCCUGGCAGUACAGAUCUGACUCACUUGCCUGAUUAUUAAUCUGAUUUCCAAGGAUCUGGAGGAGAAUUUCUGGCUUGGUGCCAGGAAGCGCAUUAGAGACAUUGACUUGCUGCCCACAGACCAUGCAGGGACAUUCUCUCCCCUCUUACUGACAACAAUGGAAAACCCAACAAAGGGGCAGAGGAUUUCUUAAUGAGGACUCCAUGUGUUUAACCUCUGCGGAGCCCUUGGGAACAGCACUGGAGAGUGUUAGGUGAUGUCUUGGAGGAUCUAUCUGAAGGCUCAGUGAGGGACCAGCUUUUCUGCCUAAAGAGCAGCACUACUGGAUUAAAGCCUUGGGGAUCAGCUGUUGUUAAGCAAUGCACUUGGAAUUCCAGGUGCAUUGCUUUGCUGCAGCACCCUGAUGUGAGACCCUUGAGAGCCGGGAUUGUCUAUUGCUUUGUCCUUUCAGGGACUUUUUAUGGGGGGUUGUUCCUGGUGGCCUUGGUGCUUUGUCUAUAACUGAUGAUCCUCUUCACUCAGCCCAUGGGCCUCUUCCCUUGAAGUGAAACAAGGAGGCUUGAGAGAGAGAGAGAGGGAGGGCAGCUCACCUCACCAUGGUGCUGCCGCCGCCUGACAAGCGCCACGUGUGUCUGACCACCAUUGUCAUCAUGACCAGCAUGGCCUUCAUGGAUGCCUACCUGGUGGAGCAGAACCAAGGGCCACGGAAGAUUGGUGUCUGCAUCAUUGUCCUGGUGGGAGACAUCUGCUUCCUCAUCGUGCUGCGCUAUGUGGCGGUAUGGGUGGGGGCUGAGGUGAAAACAGCCAAGCGGGGCUACGCCAUGAUCCUGUGGUUUCUCUACAUCUUUGUGCUGGAGAUUAAGCUGUAUUUUAUAUUUCAGAAUUACAAAGCAGACAAGAAGAAUCUGGAGACAGUGGCCAGGAAGGCCUUGACCUUACUUCUGUCCAUCUGUGUGCCAGGGCUCUACCUGGUGCUGGUGGCCUUGGACAGCAUGGAGUACAUACGAACCUUCAGGAAGAAGGAGGAUCUGCGGGGACGCCUCUUCUGGGUGGCCCUGGACCUGCUGGAUAUAUUAGAUAUUCAGGCCAAUCUAUGGGAGCCACACAAGACUGGGCUUCCCAUCUGGGCAGAAGGGCUCAUGUUCUUCUAUUGUUACAUACUGCUCUUGAUCCUGCCUUGUGUCUCUCUUAGUGAGAUUAGCAUGCAAGGGGAGCACAUUGCUCCGCAGAAAAUGAUGCUUUACCCUGUGCUGAGCCUGGUCACCAUCAACAUUGUCACCAUAUUCAUCCGGGCCAUUAACAUGGUCUUGUUCCAGGACAGCAGGGUCUCCACUAUCUUUAUUGGCAAGAACAUCAUUGCCAUAGCCACCAAGGCAUGCACUUUCUUAGAGUAUAAGAAACAGGUGAAAGAAUUCCCCCAGAAUGCUAUUGCCCUGGAGCUCCAGCAGAACUCAAUCUCUCAUAAUCAGACUAUCCACAGUACACAGGGAAUUUCUCAUGAGCAGUCACCCACCAGGGAAAUUCUGGAUACAUGACGGAUCACCUCCAGACAUCAGCAUUGGCUUGCAUUGCAUUGGGGGGUGUAGGGAGGUGAGAAGCUGCUCUCCCAUUGUAUGGGGUGUGCGUGAUGGACGAGUCCCAACAAGGAGAGCUCUCCCAGGCACAAAACACUUACCAUGUUUUAAUCAAACUAUGGAGUGUUUCCUAGACCUCUUCAUCUCAGGUAUAGCCCUAGGAAUUCUCCAGAAUAACCAAAUGAACUUGCAAAGGACCAGAACCAGCUACGCCCUCUGUUUUCCUUCCACUCACUCCUCCCGUGCCCAACCAAGUUCCCUGAUGCUGAGAUUUCUCUCUUUGUUCCUUAAGACUCUCACCUUUGCUCCAAGUCCUGGAAUGAAGAUAUUGUUACCAGAGUCCUUUGUAUGGAAUGGGAAUGGGCGGGAGGGGCAUUUGCACCAGUUAAUCCUGUGAUUAUAGAUGUGUAUUAUUUCAAAUAGUUGUGUUUACUGUUCCCUAUUUAUAACUGUCUCUUUUUUGAUCUUUUCUGGGAAUCCCCAUUGUUGGGUCUGGUUUCUUUUGGUUUGUAAUCCACUGGAACAGCUCCCUUUGCUAUUUGUCCCAGCAGGAACAACACAAAAAGUAGCACCCGAUACAAUAAACAGCUAUGUCUCUCCUCUCAUUCUCUUGCUACUUGGCUCAGGCUGCUGGUUGGGAAGCAGGGAUAUCCAUUUCUGCUAGUGCACUAAGCCAAUUCAGCGGGGAGCAGUAUUUGACAAGCUAAUGUUAAUCUAAUGCUGGUGUUUUAUGUAUCUUGUUCACUUCAAAUGACUCAGCACAAUAUUUCUAUUUUUAGAA